AUGACGGAUCAACCAGGCGAUGAGGUGAUAUCGCACAGUUCCUCGUGGAUCGGACUGGUCACUGAGGACGAGGGCUCGGUCGGCAAAGAGCCUGAAGAUGCUGCCAAGGUCGGAGACGAGGAUUACGUGGUCUCAAGCUCGACGGCGCGAGGCAGCGCGUUCUCCAGGUUCAAACAAAAGUAUGCGGGUGUGCCGAAAAGCAAACCCGAACCACAACAUGUGAUGAUUCCGAUGCACUCUACCCCAUUCGGAAUGCCGGUUGGCUUCGACACCGACCAUGUACAAGUCUGGAAAGGAUUUCAACAGGUUGAUCGGUUAGAUGAACCAAUGUCCAAAAGCACACCUACACCGGGCCGUUAUGAGUCGGUCAACUCAAUGAUGAGCGGCACAACCUAUGUCAGCGCCGAGUACAAUCCCUUCGAACACAAUGUCUUCGAGCUUCCAGACGUUCCCUACAACCAAAAUCCCUCUAAAAAUACUGAUGAGGGACCUCUCUUCCGGGCAUACUUUUCAGACGCUCACUCGGUCUUGCAAACGACCAGUCAGAUACGACAACUCAUCGUUUCCUUGAAUCCACACCUUCGAGACUCAAACGCUUACUUGACGGACCGCAUCGCGUAUCACUAUGCAACUCAGGUCUACAAACUCGAAUGGCAGCAUCCAUUCCUCGGCAUCAUGGGACCUCUCGAGUCCAACUUUUUCCACCCCUUCAUAUGCACGUGGAAAUCUUGCAAAAGCAUCAAAGCGUUUCGUUCUCUUUCGGACCUAGUCACUCACAUGGAUGCGGUACACAAGCGACAACAAAUCCCAAAAAUGCGACUCCUUCAACCCCCACACCAAAAGCUACUCAUGUGCAAUUUCUGCGACUCGAGAUACGCCGAUUUCGACUUCUUGGACGCACAUGUUGCAACUCACAUGGUUAAAAUUGGCCAAGGAUUUCUGGACAGCACCUGGAGAGAUUUUGAAGCUGAUCCAGGGGCGUCUCUGGGGAUAUGGCAGAAGAAGCCUGCUGAGCUUGACAACAACCCAGAGCCGCCCCAGGCCAAGCCAAGUCCACCUCCAAAGGAGAGAUUUCCUUACGGUGGCUUGUUUCCUCGAGUAGGUAUCGAGGGCUCAGUCCCCAAGCCUCGCCCCCAGAGGGCAAAGACACCGCAUCAAGAGUUGUUCUCCCUAAUAACGCCGCCACCCGUACCUGAACCCCCCAAGGUCGUCAGCCCUCCGAGGACAAAGACUCCACAUCAACACUUAUUUUCUCCAAUAACACCCAUGGAUUCUAUUCCAGAGUCCUCAAGAGUCGUUAGCCCUCGAAGAGCAAGGACUCCGCACCAUCACUUGGUCUCCCCAACGACACCCAAGGAGCCCGUGUCUGCCUCCCCAAAGAUUGUUAGCCCCAAGAACGAAAAGAUCCCCGAUGUCGUUUUAUCCCCUUCAGCGAGGCUCAAGGAUACUCUUCCUGAGGUUUCUGCCUCAGUGUCUCCUAAUCCCCCCGAGACGCCACCGCCCCCGAAGCCAUCGUUCAAGCAGAUCGGUAUGGCUACAGUAGAGGUGAAGAUGAUCCUUUCGAAAAAUGUGACUAGAACUACUGCUGCAGGUGGUGAUGAAAGUGACUCAGACGAUUCAGAAACGUCUUCCGAAGGAUCGGAAGCACGCGAUGCAGAUCAAGGCGCAGGGAGCGGCACAGGUGUUGGACAGGGAUGGGUGGGAGCACCCGCAAGUGGACAACAAGCGUCGUGGGCUGGGAUCUCGACUCCCAGUGGCCAAGGUGUGGGAGAGGGUGGAGAUGGAGGACGAAGAGGCAGAAAGAGGAGAAAGGGUGAUGAUCCGGCGUUUGUCAUGGGAUCUCGCCCUCGGUUCGCCUGCCCUUAUCGGGUAUUUGAACCUGAUGCCUUGAACUGCCUAGAGAGAGGGCCCAAAAAUCCUCUGGGUGGAUGCGAGGAUAUCUCUCGGCUCAAGCAACAUCUUGGUCGUCGUCACAAGCGUUCCCGUCGCUGCAACCGCUGCUUGAAAGCCUUUGAAAGCGACGCCAAAGCACGCACACACGAGUCACUCGCAGCGUGUCCCAUAAUACCGCUACCAGAUUUUGAGCGUUUGAUGAGCGCGGCGCACGAAAGCAUUACCGAGCGAUUCCUGACACCCAUGUCUGAUUUGGCCGGUUGGUGGUUUAUCUUUAAGCUGCUCAUUCCGGGGAUGCAGGAUCGAGACUUGGAAUCUUUGAAGAUGGAGUACUCGCCAUACUAUGUUCACCGAGCCCCUGCCAUCAUGCUUCCAGCAAUGAACUUUUCAGCCUCGAUUCUUGAUUCAGUCCCUGACCAGAAUAUCUCAGCCCCUGUAGAUGUCUUUCCAAAUCCUCCAGAUCAGAUGCUCUUGGGUACCGACGCCAACGCGGCCACGUCGACUUUCGUAUCACAGCAUUUUUCAGUACCCGUGUUCCAAGUUCCAGACCCAUCAAAUCCAGGAAACAUUCCCGAAAUCACAAUAUCAGCAGGCCUAGGUUCAUUCUCUGGCGCGUCAUCCGAUCAAUCGAAUCCAUGGACGCCUCCCCGUCCAUCUACCCCUGCAACCACCACUGCACCGUCGACAUCAUCACGAAGUGCAUCUGGGAGCGUGGCAGGGAGUGUCAGUCAAACUCAGUUGGAGAGAAAUCACAUGCGACUCAAGAGCCAGUACAAACAGGUUGAAAAGGAAAAUGCCAAGUUGAGGGAAGACAAGUAUGCGAACAGAGGAGAUUUGGAGCGCGCAGAAGCUGUGUUGGAGGAGGUGCUAGGGUCAGUGGAUCUGUCGCAGGAUGCCUUUGACAAUUUGAGCCAAGUGUCGGAGAUUUUGAUGGAGAUGAAGCGACGGUUGGGAUAA